AUGGGUCUUUUUACUAGUAUAUUUGUAUUCAUUAUUUGGACUGUAAUAAACUGUUCUAGUGAUGAAUUUGGUACUGAUUAUUGUCCAUAUAUGUCAUUAAUGAGUUCAAGUAAAGAUUCUAUAAUCUAUGCAAAUAUCGAAACAUCAAAAUUUUAUGUAACAGUACAAUCAGAACACAGUGGAAGUAAAUGUGAAAUACCAUUUAAUGAACCUUUUGUAUGUGGUGUAUCAAUUGGUAAAUAUCAAAAUUCGACAAAACAAUGGUUUAUUUAUUGGGGUUUUGAUGAGACCUUAGGAGAAUAUUAUGUACGAACAGUUUAUUAUAAUCAAUCAAAUUCUCAUAAAUGUCUAUAUAAGUAUAGUGAUACACAAAAGUUACAUACAGAUUCAGUUGUAUUUCAAGUAGCACAUGAUGGAUUAAUGGCAUAUGGUUUUGAUUAUAAUUCGGCCCACUUCUAUGAUUUACAAUUAAAUAACGUAACAUCAAUUAAUAAAAAUUUCUCAUUUACACCUAGUGAUAUGAGUUUAACUAGAACUGGUGAUCAAGUUAUUACAAUUGGAUAUUUGAAAAAUGGUACUCUCUCAUCUUCAUUAAUGUAUGCAACUGUAUGUUUAUCAAAAUUAAAUUCAACCCGCAAUUAUUCAAUAACAAUUCUGAAUUGUGUAGAAGUUCAUCAUUUCGGUUAUCAUUUUAGUGAAUAUCAUCCUGGACCAAAAUUAUCUGUUGAUAUUAAUAAUGAUACAAAUUUAUUUGUUAUUGGAAAUUCCGCAAAUAAAAGUAUUGAAAUAUUUAAAUUUGAUAAUAAGAGUAUUAUGAGUAUACAUAAAUAUGAAAGUCAUGUUGAAACCAAUUCUGUUUGUUGGCUUCAAGAUGGACAUCGAAUAGCAGUUGUUGCUCAUUUAAGUUCAACAUCAUCAUGGUCUCAAUCACAAAUACAAAUCUAUGAUACUAAUUUAAUGAUACAUAAUUGGCCGGAUUAUAUUUUUCCAAAUAAUCAACAACAAUUAGAUUCAUGGAAUUAUAAAAAUCCAGUAUUUAUUCUUAUAUCAGCAUGGUCACAAUGGAAUUCUUUAAUUAUUUUAAUGAAUACACAAAAAAUUCUUAUUAUUUUAUCAGCAGAAUCAGGAUCGUAUGCGGAUCCACUAUCAUAUAGUUGGUUUGAUAAUCCUUGGAUAUGGAUUGGAUUAAAAAAUCGAAGACAUAAAGAACAAUCUUCAACACCUUGUUGGCCAGGUAUGUACAAAGAAGAGAAUAGUAUUUUACCUUGUCAAAUUUGUCCAACACAAACUAAAAGUGAAAUAAAUUCAACAAAAUGUUCUUCAUGUGAUCACUCAUUAUUUUGUCCAUUAGCAUCUGUAGAAGAUACGAAUAUAAAUAAUAUGAUAGAUAUACAUGAACCAACAACUUAUCCUCGAUCAUCUGAUUCAACACAAUUUGAAGAUAUUUUACUUGCAAAUAUGUUUUUAAUUGGAAAUUCAGCACGUUGUAUAUUAAUAUCACCUUUAUUUUGGACAUUAAUUGUGUUGAUUAUCGUUAUAUUCAUUCUAUUAAUUAUUGGUGUUUUAAAAUUCUUUCCACAAAGUCAUAAACAUCGUAUAAUGAUUAAACAAAUCUUUCGUCAAACAGAUUUUAUUGGUCAAGGAGAAUUUUGGAUUGGUGGUUUAAUGUCAUUUUCUUUAUUAGUUCUUCUUGUUUUUGCUUUUUUAUUCAGUAAUGAAUAUGUUAAUCUUUAUCCAAUUGAAGAACCAACAAAUUCAAAAAUGAUUUGUGAUGAAAAACUUCGAAAUUCUCAUUUUGAAACAAAUCUUAAACUAUUAACAGCUACUCGAUCAGAUCAAGAUCAAAUUAUUUUUGAUAUGUUAAAUAAUCAACCAUUUACAUUAGUUGUUAAUUUUAUUAAUACAAAUUUUGAUUGUGAACAAUUAGAAAUUUUAGAAGGUACUGGACAUAAUCUUCAUGAACCAGUUAGUGAAAUGACAUGUAUGAAAUUAAAUUCAUCACAAAUUAUUCAUACAUCAAUUCCAUCUUAUCAUGAAGUUACAUUUCAAUAUACAAUUAAACAUUUUGCUCCUAUUGGUGGUUUAUAUAUUUGUUUAGUAGGACCAGGAAAUAUUAGUGAUGACGGAAUGAAUACUUUACGUGAGACGAAAUUUUGUAAAUGGAUUGCACAAGAAAAUCAAACAAUUGGUUAUACACCUGAAGUGAAUCUUCUUAAUACAAAAAUUAUUAAUCGUACGGCUAAUUUAAUACAAGGUAAACCAACAAAGUCAUCGGGUGUUUGGCAAACAACUUUUAUUGGUUCGGAAUUAUCAGAUCAAUUAUUAUAUAAUCGACGAGGUGAAUAUCAUCGUUAUUUAAGUGUUGAAACAGUUUUUACAAUAUCAUUAAAUGAAAAUCAUUUCUAUGUUGAAAAUAAUCAAGAACCUAUUGCUCGAAAAGCUGAAGCUAAUUUUCAUACAGUUCUCUUUAUGAGUCUUGCUUUAGAAAUGUUUUGUUUAACAUUUCUUAUGUUUAAACUUAUUUUUGUACCAUUAUUUCGGUACAUUGAACGGAAAAUUCUUUUACAUUCUCGUAUAAAACCAUUCAAUGAACAAGCAAUCUCAGAUGUUCAGUCGUAA